UUAAAGUGGUAGAAGGAGAGUCAUUUGUGAAGCAUCCCAUUUAUUUGAAAACUUAAAUAUCUAAUAUGCCUGCUGUAGCUAACUUCGAUCCUAAUUCUAAACUCGACUUGCCUAGAAAUGUUGCAGAUUACCCCCCUAAUGUUUGGGGGGAUUUCUUCCUUCAAUAUGCUUCUGAAUCUAUGGAACUCGAUCAGAGUAAUGCAGCUGAAAUUGAUAGUUUAAAAAAUGAAGUGAGAAAUAUGCUAGCUACAAACAAUGAGAAGCCCUUCGACAAAGUCAAAUUCAUUGAUUCCAUAUGUCGUUUGGGUGUCGGCUAUCAUUUUGAACAUGAGAUCGACCAAGUGUUGCAACUUAUUCACAAGACUUAUGUUGUAAAUGGAGAAAUAAUUCUUGAUGAUAACCUUCAUUCUCUUGCCGUGCUAUUUAGAGUAUUAAGGCAACGUGGGCUUUACGUUUCACCUGAUGUGUUCAAAAAAUUUAAAGACGACCAAGGAAUAUUUAGCAAAACGCUCAUCGCAGAUGUUGAAGGGAUGUUAAGCUUGUACGAAGCAUCACAUAUGAUGAUUCAUGGAGAGGAAAUUUUGGAAGAGGCCUUGGCUUUCACUUCUACUCACCUUAAGUCCAUUUCCACCCAAUUGAGCCAUUUUCUUGCAACACAAGUCAAACAUAGCUUAACGCAAUCUCUCCGCAAAAACUUGCCCAGGCUAGAGGCACGACGCUACAUCUCUGUAUAUGAGCAAGAUGCAUCCCAUAAUGUGAUUCUACUCAGGUUGGCAAAAUUGGAUUUUAAUAUGCUCCAAAGCCUACAUCAAAAGGAAUUUGGAAACAUUUGCAAAUGGUCGAAGGAGUUGGGUAUCACUAAAAAACUACCGUAUGCACGAGAUAGAAUAGUAGAAUGUUGCUUUUGGAGUAUGUCAGUAUAUUUUGAACCUCAAUAUUCUCAAGCAAGAAAAAUGAUGUCAAAAGUAAUUGCUCACCUUUCAUUUAUUGAUGAUACAUAUGACUCAUAUGGAACUGUUGAUGAAUUAGAACUUUUUACCAAGGCUGUUGAAAGGUGGGAUAUUAGCUGCUUGGAUGAUCUUCCAAAUUAUAUGAAGUUACUUUAUAAAUCUCUCUUAAAUGUUUAUGAAGAAAUAAAAGAAGAAACGAUAAAAGAAGGAAGAGAGUAUACCCUUAGCUACUUCGUAAAAGAUUUCAAAACAAUAGUUCAAGCUUACAUGACUGAGGCAAGAUGGCUAGACAAAAACCAUGUACCAACAAUAGAAGAGUACAUGCCCAUAUCAAAGAUAACAUCUGGUUACCCAGUAUUGUCUACAACUUCUUUCGUUGGCAUGGGCAGUAUAGCUACUGAGGACAUCUUCAAUUGGGUAACAAAUAUGCCAAAAAUUGUUAACGGUGCUGCUCUUGUUUGCAGAUUAAAUGAUGAAAUUGUGUCCAACGAGUUUGAACAGCAAAGAGGACAUGUUUCCUCAUUCUUGGAAUGCUAUAUGAUACAGUAUGAUACAAAUAGGGAAGCUGCCAUACAAGAAUGCGAAAAGGGAAUUGACAAUGCAUGGAAAGACAUAAAUGAGGAUUAUCUUAGGCAAACUAAAGUUCCAUUGCCUCUAUUGACUUCCGUUAUCAAUUUGGCACGUUUUAUUGAGGUUUAUUACAAAGAUAAAGAUCACUACACACAUUCCGAAGGACUAAUGAAGACUCAUAUUAAAGCCUUAAUUGUUGAUCCUGUACCAGUUUAAAAAAUUCAUUUAAGUCCCUUGAUAUGCUUUGUAUUCCUAGGCUUUAUAAAUAAAACUUCUGAGAUGUGAAAAUUAUGUUGUUUUAGAAUAAUCAUUAUCUUAUCUUGUAAUGUGUCUGAAUUUUUAAUUAA